GGUCAUUCCAUACAUUUCCACCUUUAAGUUUAGGCACAGCCGCUGUACGGUGAGGUGUUAUAAUUUUCUGAUUAGGCUAUUAGCUGUGGCGUAUGAUUUGCCAUAUCCCGCCAAAUCACCGGCCAAAAUAGUGCACUCAUGUCCCAAGGAACACUUCAGUGGCGUUCAUUACCAAAUCAGUCUUCAAUAUGAGAAGCGUCGAGAAGUUGCCCGAGGAUACUCGUAGCGCAGUCCGUUCUGGAGUUAUCCUUUACGACUUGACGAGGGUUGUGGAGGAGUUGGUGUAUAACAGCCUCGAUGCAUGUGCUGACAAGGUAUCCAUUUCAGUGGGCGUUAGGGCAUGCUAUGUCAAAGUGGUGGACAAUGGAUCGGGUGUUUCUCGAGAUGGGCUGGAUCUUCUGGGAGAAAGAUAUGCAACGUCAAAAUACGACCCUUUGGAUGGUAUAAACACAAGUACAUUAAGCUUUGGCUAUCGUGGAGAGGCGUUGAGCUCCAUUGCAGAUGUCUCUUUGGUGGAAAUUAUUACAAAAGCUCAUGGGAGACCAAAUGGAUAUCGCAAGGUUUUGAAGGGCUGCAAAUGUUUGUAUCUUGGAAUUGAUGGUGAGAGACUAGAUGUUGGCACUACAGUCACUGUUUGCGAUUUAUUUUACAACCAACCAGUCCGGAGGAAGCAUAUGCUAUCCAACUCAAAGAAAGUAUUACACAUGAUUAAAGAGUGUGUCCUAAGAAUUGCGCUUGUUCACCCCAAUGUCUCCUUCAGAGUAGUUGAUAUUGAAAGUGAAGAUGUGCUGCUUCACACAUGCCCUUCUCCUUCUCCAUUGUCACAACUGGCUAGAAGUUUCGGGAUUGAGGCUUCAAGUUAUCUCGAAGAAUUGAAUGUUGCUGGUGGUCAAUUCAAGCUCUCUGGAUAUAUUUCUGGCAUCGUUGAUAUUUCUUCAUGGAAGGUCGUUCAAUAUGCCUAUAUUAAUUCAAGAUUUAUUUCCAAGGGACAAAUACAUAAAGCGAUAAAUAAUCUCGCUGCAAGCUUUACCAUUGGUUACCAAAAUGAUACGAAGAAUAUAUCCCAAAUAUGCCCAGCAUUUCUUUUGAACCUGCAAUGUCCAAAGUCUUGCUAUGAUCUGACUUUUGAACCAUCAAGGACCUCUGUGGAGUUCAAGGAUUGGGAUUCUGUCCUUACUUUCAUCCGGGAUGCUGUUGGACGUCUUUGGAGUAGAGGAAAAUCUGUUGAUUUUCCUGUGGAUUGUGAGAUAGGGAAAAAGAGGCGUCAGGUGCUGAAUUGUCUGGUACCUGAGGGGACUCCUCCAAAGUCAAGGAAGCUAGUUGAAGAGUUCAAUAAUUCCAUUGCCAGCAGACAGAUUCCAUCUUCACUUGCAAAUUUCAAUGCAUUUGUUCCCGAAAAGCUCAACACUGAUUGCAGAUUUGUUUGUCAAACCGAUCAUCCAGAUCAAGAAAGUGAUAUAUCUCCUUCCCAUCGCAGAGAGAUAUCAAGCGGUCAAUGCAGUAGUCACCGAUGGAUCCAUAAUAUGUUCUCUCCUGGAGACUCUUAUUUGGACAAUGAUCACUUAUGUUUAUGUAGAUCUUAUAGAAAAGCGAACAGUUUCUUUAGUUCAGAAUGGGGGGGUUCAUCUUCCAAGAUUGAUGCUGACACAGAUAGGUUAUAUGCAGGCCAAGCAACACCUAGUAAUUCCCUUGAACUUAUUGACAAUUUGGAUGUAAGAAAACCCUUUCUCCAGAAUUGCUUUUUACGCAGUACACUCAAACAUGCUGACCCAUUCCUGGCCACUGAUGAGGAGUUGGAGUUUAAAAUUGAUGGAAACUCCAAGAGAAGUGCACUUAGAGCUGAUGAUAGGGUUGUUGAAGAAGUAAAUGACAUCAACAGGACAAUGAAUCCAACAAAUGUAUGGCACAAUGAGAAACCAGAUGUCCUAAGCUGUUCCAAGACAACCAUGCAACACGAUGUCACCAAUUAUGUAAGGAAACCAUUUCUUAAGAGUUGUUUUAUAGGCAGAACAUUGAAAUGUGGUGAAACACCUCUGGCUACUGAUGAGGAGUUUGAGUUUGAAAUUGAAGGCCACUCGAAGCAAAGUGCAUAUAGGUCUGAUGGUAUAGCUGUUGAAGAAAUAGAUCAUUCUAACAAGGUUAUGAGUCAAUGGGACACAUGUUGUGAUGAACAACCAGAUGUUCUAAGCUUUUUGAAGACCACCACGCAACAUGGUGUCAGUGAGGAAGUAAGAAAGCCAUUUAUUCAGAGUUGUAUAUUAGGCAGAAGACUGAAACAAGCUGAAACAGCUCUGGCUACUGAUGAAGAAUUUGAGAUUGAAGUUGAUCACCACUUGAAGCGAAGUGCAUUUAGAGCUGAUGGUAAGGCUGUUGAAGAAAUUGAUGAUAUUAACAAAAUUAUGAGUCAAAGGGACCUAUGGUGCAAUGAACAACUAGAUUCUCUGAUCUUUUCCAACACUCCUAAGCCACAUGAUAUUCAAGAUAUUCACCGAAUACAUUUUUUCCUUGGCGAUUCAGUAAAUUCAACAUUGAACCCUGAGCUCUCAGCGGAAGAUGGUCUCUUUUUACCUGACUUUGUCAAGCCAUUUCAAAGAUAUGAUUAUUGCCCACAUUCUGACACCACUCAUGAAGAUUUAGUUGAAAAUUGUUUCGAGUAUAAUGGAUAUUUGAGAUAUGAAUCGGCCAACAUAGUCACCAAGGAUUGGAAAUAUGACCUUAACAAUAUAUCAAUUGGUCCAGAAAUGGAGUGUUUCCUUACAAGCUCCAAGAGCCUUUUCUCUGAUGUCAAGGAUCAUACUGCUUUCAAGGACACUGACAAUGACUUUCAAGAACAUGAUCAGAAUGACACUUUCUCUCGAAGUAGAUUAAAUAUAUCUACUUAUUGCAUUAACAAUUGGGGUGACAGUGGUAUUAGAAAUUGUUGUACUUCAAGACAUAACUUCUCUUUGAUUGGUUUUGAUUGGGAGUCAAGCACAGUGGUCUGUCCUAGAAAUUUAAGCAAAACGCCUGUUCCCUAUAGGAGAGGUAGGAGAUGCAAAUCAGCUCCUCCAUUUUACAGAAACAGGAAGAAAUUCUCUGCCAUAAGCAAUUUCUUGAAAAUAACAGCGGGAAAGAUUAAUCUGCAGACCUUCAAUGAUGGCACUGGUUUGCCAGAAACACACAACCUGAGGCAGCUAGAGAGCCGUUCAGAAGUAAAUAGCAUGAGGCCAUCCAAUCAAUAUGAUCAAUCUACUACGCUAUACUGUGAGGGGACUUCAUUCUGCGAUGACAUACCAGAAGUUGGAAUCAUAAGUAUUGAUACAGGGAAAUGCAGCAACAAGUUACAAAUGGAUUCCUGUGAAGAGCUCACGCUAAGAAAGAUUCAAGACACUGCAGUUUCUGGGAAAGAAGAACAGAACAGUCAUCAUCAUAUUUCAAGUAGAAGCGGAUCACGCCAUCUUAAGGAUCAGGAUACUAUUCUUGAUAUAGCUUCAGGCACCUUGCACCUUGCUAGCCGCUCUAUAGUACCCCGUUCCUUGGAAAAAAACUGCUUGGAGAGUGCUAAAGUUCUCCAACAAGUUGAUAAGAAAUUUAUUCCUAUUGUGGCGGGCAGAACACUUGCUUUAAUUGACCAGCAUGCUGCUGAUGAGAGGAUUCGUGUUGAAGAGUUGAGACGGAAGGUUCUAUCAGGAGAAAUGAGGACAACAACAUACCUUGAUUGUGAACAAGACCUUGUGGUACCUGAGACAGGAUUUCAAUUGCUACAUGAUUAUGCUGAACAUAUGCAGGAGUGGGGAUGGAUUUGCAACAUCAAUAGUCAGGGUUCAAGACCUUUUGUAAGGAAUCUAAAUAUAAUGAAUAAGAAGCAAGCUAUUGCCACACUUCUUGCGGUACCAUGUGUUUUGGGCGUUAAGUUGUCUGAUGUUGAUCUUAUAGAAUUUCUUCAACAGCUUGAUGACACAGAUGGAUCUUCGACAAUACCACCAUCAGUGCUCAGAGUCCUAAAUAACAAAGCUUGCAGGGGUGCAAUUAUGUUUGGAGACGAAUUACUGCCGUCGGAGUGCUCCCUUAUUGUUGAAGAAUUACAGCAGACUUCAUUGUGUUUUCAAUGUGCUCAUGGUAGACCAACGAUGGUCCCGCUAGUGAAUUUGGAGGCCCUGAGGGAAGAGAUAGAGAAGAUGAAAUCAGGGAGCAGCGAUUCGUGGCAUGGCUUACGUCGCCAUGGAAUCAGUUUAGAGAGGAUGGAGAGGCGGUUGAAUGGAUGACCGAAGCAUGGAUAGAUAGAUAGAAUUUGUAAAUGUGGAAUUUUCACUGUACGUACGUAUCUAGUGAAGUAGUAGUGUCAAGCAAGCACUUGUUGGUCAAAUGUUUUUUUCUACGCUCACAUCCAAUUACGUCUUGUCUUCUAUGUACGAGACCGUCUCGGUGCAUAUAAUGCAGUGUCAUACCUCAAGCUGCUCAUACCUUUCUUACAGUUGGUGAACAAUAUAAUACGAAGUAAUAUGUAUGCUCGCCA